GGAUCACAUGGCACACCUGGAACGUUGCCCCACUCUCACUCUCCCUCAUCUUAGUUUUGUACUAUACGUAACGCCAACGCCUCUCUCUCUGUAGCUUUGAUUGGCGGAGUGAGAGAGAAAGAAGACGAAACCCCCGUGGAGUACCCUACCUACGGUUUCACUCAGCCAUGGCGGAAAAAGGUCUACCAUUACCAAAAUUUGGAGAAUGGGAUGUCAAUGAUCCAGCAUCUGCUGAGGGGUUCACUGUGAUUUUUAACAAAGCUAGGAAUGAGAAAAGGACAGGUGGAAAGUCGGACUCUCCGCCAAAAGAUGAACCCACAUAUAAGCAUGGAUCAAUACUAGGAAAGCCUCAUUCUCAGAAGAAGUGGUUUUGCUGCAUGCAGUCUGCUUCAGCAGAAUCAUGAGCAACUCUUGGCCUGAAAUGGCUGCAUGUGGAAAAUUGCUCAUCUUAGCCUUCCUCUGCCCAAACAUAUUGUGGAAGACCGGACCCCUUGUCAACCUGUGAUAGGUCGUGCUGGAAUCCCCUCCUUUCAUGAGCUCUAGUUUAUGAACGACGUGAGCUUUUCAGAUGAGAAAAUUAUAGUGUGCUAAGAAAAUUUAUUGAAUUUAUUUGCUCCUGUCUUUGGGUUUUGGUUUUCUUUCAUUUAUUAAAUUGCUUUGUUUUGUUUGUGUUCAUGUCCUGUUUUUUCUGCAUUUCCUUGUGGGCGCUCAUGUUACUUUAGGAGACUGCUACAAAUAUCUUUAAUGGCUACUCCGUUGUCUUCUAGGCUUA